AUGUGCAAUUUUUUUCUUUUUCCAGGGCGUGCUUCAAUUGCUACAGGGGUUAGUUCGCAGACAGCCACCUUUCACAUGGCAUUAUGGACGAACUUGGAUCGUCUUGUCUCCGCAAUUGAACGCCUUGUUUUGCGGGGUCGAAUGUUAACAGACUCUCUUGUCCGACCACUUGAUUGCCUUAUUCCAACUGGUCUUGGAAGCUUGGCAGCUUCGUCUGUGAGUCGCGUAAGUGGUAGUCGGAAUGCUGGGGGUGGUGGUGGUGGUCUAAUAGGCAGGCCACCUGGCUGCCUUGGGGGCCUAGGUGGCCCUUCCGACCUUGUUGCUCAAUUGCUUCAGCAGCGUCGGGUCAGUAGAGCCCGUUGUAAUGCAGAGGAAAUAUUAAAAUGGGAUCCGGAUGCAGAACUUUGGGUUCGUCUAGUGCUGGGCGCGGCUGCCGGCCGUCUGAAACCAGACAAACCACUGGCCGACCAGCUGAUUGAUAGCGAGUGCCGUGGUGGUGAGGCCGCUUAUCGCAGCCUCGCUAACUGGCUACUUGACUAUCUGGCCAUUGUCUGUCCUGACCUACCAAAUGAUGAUCAAGCAGAUGAUUCACGAGAUCCGUCUAAUUCUGCUAGCCUAAAUCAUGAGCAUCUAUCGAGUGACUCUAGCACAUGUGAGAGUAGCAUUAAUAGAUUUGAAAAUUGGAGGCAGCAGCGUGAUGUGAUCUUAUGUCUACUCGCCGACGCUCUUACCUCCGACCGAAUGCAAGCUUGCGCAGAUUGGGAUGCACAGAUCGAACAAUGGGAGCGUGAAGAGGGCCUACUUGCCUGUAAGUCAUUAUCAAGUGGCUUAACCCGAGUCAACUUUGCAACACUAUAUUGA